UUGUUUUAACUAUCUGGCAACACUGUUUUUGUCUUCUUAAAGUUUUUAAUAUUUUUCCACACCCACAGUUAACGUAAUACGUAAUAAUUUUUCUCGACUUGCUACGGAGGAGAUUACAAACACUAUAUUUUACAUUAUAGAUUACGUUUAAAAUGGCUGAAGAUAUUAAAGAGAAUAUGAGUGACGGUUUGGAAGUUCCGGAAAUAGAAUUAAUCAUCAAGGCUUCCACCAUUGAUGGGCGUCGAAAAGGUGCAUGCCUUUUUUGCCAAGAGUACUUUAUGGAUUUGUAUCUUUUAGCCGAGCUGAAAACUAUAUCCUUAAAAGUAACUACAGUGGAUAUGUUAAAACCACCGCCCGAUUUUCGUUCCAACUUUGACUCCACUCCUCCACCCAUCCUCAUUGAUCGUGAUCAAAACGUCCUAGAAAACGAGAAAAUAGAGCGGUACAUCAUGAAAAAUGUUCCGGGCGGACACAAUUUGUUCGUUCAGGAUAAAGACACCGCUACAGUUAUUGAAAAUCUUUAUAGCAAAUUUAAAUUGAUGCUGACGCGGAGGGAUGAGCAAACGAAGCGGGCAUUGCUCAAUCAGCUUCGAAAUAUUGAUGCCCACCUGGAGAAGAAGGAAGGACGGUUCUUGACAGGAGACACAAUGUGUUGCUUUGAUUGCGAAUUGAUGCCUCGUUUACAGCACAUCAGGAUUGCUGGCAAAUAUUUCGCCGAUUUUGAGAUUCCAGAAGAUUUGCGUAAUCUUUGGUACUACAUGGCACGUAUGUACCAGUUGGAUGCAUUUACCCAGUCCUGUCCAGCUGAUCAGGACAUUAUUAAUCACUACAAACUGCAGCAGGGUACAAAAAUGAAGAAGCAUGAAGAGUUGGAGACGCCAACUUACACUACAUCCAUUCCUGAAGGAAUUCUGGAGUAAAUAGAUCCAUAGGCUUAUUAAAAAAGAAAAAAAAAAACUGCACGCUUAAUUAAUAUAUUGUAUUGUUCAUUCCUCUGGUUAUUUUUUCACAAAUUGCCUCUUAAUAUACUUGUAAGUGAAAAAGUUCUAAAUUUGUGUUACCAAAUAUCACAUGUUAAAAUAGAAUAGUACAUUUUAAGAAGGCUUACUAACCUUAAGCCAAGAAAAAUAGGAAACUUAGAAUCCUAUAUAUUUUAUGUUACAUCCUGUUUUAGAGAAGAAGAAAGUAGUUGGUGUACAGGACAAUUUUAUAAGAAAUUUAGACAGUUUUUUUUUGCAUUUAUGUAUGUAAUAUUUACAAUGUCCAUAUUGCAUUCCAGGUUUUUAAUUUUUAGCAUAAUUUUGCUAUGUAAUCCUGUCUGAGUGCCUUGUAUUAUAGAUAUUUUGCACAUACUUGUAGUUUUAUUUUGUGAAUUAUUUGUGCACAUUUCUAGCAUCUUUUUAUGAAAAUAAAAAAAUUUCUGAGCUAUAAGAAAUAAUAACAUUUAUCCCAAGUUAUUAACAAUAAUGAUCGUUCAGUUUAUUUAUAUAAGUAACUGAAAAUUUUAUGUAUGGUAUUCAGGCCAAGUAAUUUUAUUGAGUGCUAAAAAAUAUAUAAAUAUAAUAAAUUUAUUUUGUGAGGGUUUUGGUAGUUUUUUAGAAUUAAAGACUUUCCAAAAUAAAUUUCUGUUACCGCAUAUGUUGCAAUUAAUUCUAGUUGCUUUUCUAUUUCGGCAUUUCUACUGAGUAAAAUUUUCCCAUAUAAUCUCUUAAGAAUACUAAAGUUUCAAUUCCAUCUUCUACUAGAAAAAGAAAAAAAAAAUUUUAUGUGAUAAAUGUAUAUUGAUAAAAUUAAACUUGUCAUGAAUCAGUUUCCUAAUUUAUUAAUCUUCUUAUCCAGAUGUUAAAUAUGGACACAAAUAAUCAAAGGCACUACAUCACUUUGCUUAUAGCUUUAUUUUAAGAAUCCAAGAAAAAAAAUCUUUGCACAAUUUGUUCAAAUUAUUCUUUUUGCUAUAUAAUGUCUGGACCUAAGCAAGGAAAGAACUUUUUUUAUUUAAUUGUGCUGUCUCUAGAGCUGUUUUGUAUGUAUUAUAGUUUAUAUAUAUUUUCUUUUAUUUUAAAGUCUUAAAAGAUGUAUUUACAAGGUAGUUGAGUAGAACUUUUUGAAUAUGUUUACACAGAGUAUA